UUCCUCGUACAGGCGCAAGCGCACAAUAGUAAAGAAUGCGGACUUCGUCGCACACUGGAUACGGAACGCUGUUAGAAAAGCUUUAAACAGGACAAAUAUGUCGAAAACACACACAAAGCCCGCGAAUUUGUCGGGGCCUACAGCCUCUGGUGGACCUUCUUCCUCCUCUUCCUCCUCGCCAUUAGGAGGCACAACGUCUCCCGCCAACGUCCUGCACGUACAGCCUGAGAAACCUCAACACUACACGUAUCUGAAGGAGUUCAGAACAGAGCAGUGCCCUCUGUUUGUGCAGCACAAGUGUACCCAGCACAGGCCCUUCGCCUGCUUCCACUGGCAUUUCCUGAACCAGCGGCGUCGCAGACCCAUCCGCAGGCGGGACGGGACCUUCAAUUACAGCCCAGAUGUCUACUGCACCAAAUAUGAUGAGGGCACAGGCACCUGCGCUGACGGGGAUGAAUGCCCGUUCCUGCAUCGCACAGCGGGGGAUACAGAGCGGAGAUACCAUCUGAGAUACUAUAAAACGGGCUCCUGUAUACACGAGACGGACGGGAAGGGCCACUGCAGUAAGAACGGCUCCCACUGCGCCUUUGCGCAUGGGUCACAUGACCUACGUUGUCCUGUCUACGACAUAAGGGAGGUGCAGGUGAUGGAGUCCCAGGGAGGGUCGGGUGCCGCGGAGGGGGGAGGAGGUGAGGGCCAGUCGGGGCUGGCGGCCAGCACCGCCCUCAUUGAGAAGAUUCUGAGCGAAGAACCACGCUGGCAGGACAACACUUACGUGUUGUCCCACUACAAGACGGAGCUGUGUAAAAAGCCUCCUCGCCUGUGUCGCCAAGGUUACGCCUGCCCUUACUACCACAACAGCAAAGACCGGCGGCGUAGUCCACAUAAACACAAAUACAGAGCUUUGCCGUGCCCAGCGGUCAAGCACAGUGAGGAGUGGGGAGACCCUAGUAAAUGUGAGGGGGCUGAGGGGUGCCAGUAUUGCCACACACGCACUGAGCAGCAGUUCCACCCUGAGAUCUAUAAAUCCACAAAGUGUAACGACAUGCAGCAGUCUGGCAGCUGUCCCCGUGGGCCGUUCUGUGCCUUUGCGCACCUAGACAACAAGCCGCCCGUCAGUGAAGAACCCUCGCUCCAGACCCCCAGUUCCCCACCUCCACCCCCAGGGCCUCUGGAUCCUCACUCUGCCCAGGAAGGAUGCUCCAGCCCGGGGGGCCGGGUUGCGAGGUCUGGUUCUCUGUCCGGUGGCCCGUUCUCCCCGUCGGGGGGGGUGUGUGUGGCCGAGCAGGGCCUCUUGGGGAGGGUACUGUCGCUGUGCGAGGAUGUGUGCGGGGGAGGCGAACCCCUCUCCCCCUGGGCGGGGGAGGGCGGAUACGGCCGGGCGCCAGGCUACGAGCGGGAAGACCAGGCCAAGCAGAAGAAUUUUGCCAUGGAGCAGCGCAACCGGGAAAUGGCGUCCCAUCAUAGCAAACCGGAUCUUUUGGUGUUCCUCCCGGUGGGGAGUCCUCUGAGCCUGUCCUCCAGUGUUCCCUCCAGCCUGGCAGCCACGCCUCCCAGCCCAGCUCCUCCAGGACCCCUCCACCAGGGCCACCACCUCCACCAAGGUGCUCCGGCCCCAGGCCUCUCCUCGGGCAUGAACGCCAACGCUCUGCCCUUCUACCCCACCAGUGACACCGUCGAGUCUGUGGUCGAAUCUGCGCUGGAUGACCUGGACCUGAAUGACUUUGGCAUGUCUGCCCUGGAGAGAAGCCUGGAGGGCAGCUCCGCUCUGCCUAGAACCAUGCCAGGAGGGAAUCAGGUACAGAGUUCUGCUCCAGUCAACAUCCCAGGCUCCCUGUGCAGCUCCGCCCCUUUCAGUUCCCCCUCACCCUCUCCACCAAUCAGGGCCCAGCAAUCGCCUUUCUUCUCUCAUCUGACACCGCAUGGCCAAUCAGAAAGCAACUUCUUGGGAACGUCGCAUAGCUCCCUAGGCCUGAAUGGUAUGAGCAGUAGUAUCUGGGAGCACCCGUCAGGCCAGGGUUCCCCCGGCACGCCCCCUGCCUUCCUGCCCACCAUGAGCCAGAGCAUGGAGACAGCCAGACUACGACAGGAACUGGACGAGGCUAACAGAGUGCUGAAACAGUGGGACCACACCUGGAGACAUACAGCCCAGUCGUGGGCGGUGCUGAAGUCUGAUGCGGAGGAGUCUCGUGGCUCUGCCGCUCGGUUAUCUCUAGAAGCAGAGCGUGCCAGGCAGGCUGAGGUGGAGGUGCAGAGACAGACUUCCCUCCUUCAGGAGGCGCUGGAGAGCAUGACCACAGGAGAGAACCCCCACCUGGCCCUGCAUCAGCUACAGCUGCUCCAAAGACUGCCUCUGGAGUCAGUCCUCAGUCUGCAGGCCCAGCUCUGUACAUGUCUGCACGCCGUGGAGCAGGUGGUGUACAGGAAGCAGCGUCAGGGUUGUGUGACAUGCGGGGAGCAGGGGUCGAUCUCUCUGCCCUGUGGACACGGUCUUCAGUGUGACGGCUGCUCUGGCUCUUCAGAGUGUCCCCUCUGCCCAGAACACAACCUGGAUCCACUCUCCUGACCUGACUCAACCAGCUACAGUCCAGAGGGAUUGUCCAGUGCAGACCAGCCUCACCCUGCCCGACCCACUUCAUCAGCCCAGUCACCCUGACGCCAGACCCGACCAGUUCAAACUGGCUUUAGACCAGAACCCAAAUAGUUGACCUUAAAGCUGUCUUUUGACCAGAUGUUAGAUACUCCAUUUUCUCUUCCCUCUGAUCCUAGAUCAGUUGUCCUCAUACAGAGACCAGCCUCCUGCCGCUAUAGUCGCUGAUUCAAAUCAGAGAUUUUUCUACUCACAUACUGCCUGUUUGGAAGAAAUGAUUCAUGAUCGGCUCUCCUUACCACAGACCUGACAUUUUAACCAUUAUGAGCUAAACCACUCUGAUUCUUAGUCAAUCGUUAAGUCCAUGUUAGAUCCAGACAGCUAUUCCAUGAUACUACAGCCUGGGGGAAAACCCCAAAAGACAGCUGAGUACAAGUCAUUGACAUUCUAGUUGAUAUUUUCAUGCCAUUUCCAUGCUUAUUGGAGAGAAGUUAAGGCUAAAUCAGGCUAAAUCAGUGGUCAUUAUUUUGCUAACAACACUUCAAGUCAUAGGUGGAAAAGGGCUGUAUCUAAAUAGAUUUUGGAGGAAGCCUACAAAGUUGCUGAAUUCGGAAAGAUUUGAGGAAAGGAUGCCUGUUAGACAUUUGGGAUACAGAAAGUCUGUUUGAUUUUCAAAGAUGGUUUCUAUAAUGUGACUGUCUCUCAGGUUUGCUGUCUGUAAUAUUCUUAUCUGUUAACUGGAAGAUGGGAGCUGGUUAACAACACAAUCAAGAGACAUGUACUAGUCAGUUGUGUAGUCUUUGAAAUUGUUUAUUUUUUCAUUCAAUAAUAGCGCUUAUUGUUAACUCAAAUGCAUUUUUAUUUCUGUUAAACAACCAGCCUUUUUUUACUAUAAAAAUGAAUGCAUUAUGUUUUUGAGACAUCAUUUCCAUUUGUAGGGGUUUUGAUAUUUCACAGUAUGUCAAGCUGGUAUCACAUACACCUCAUGCAGUUCUAUGUCAAACGUGCAACGCACUGAAGCCACCAGGUAUCAGGUACCAACUGCAGCUUUGGAAACCCUCUCUCUCUAUCUCUCUAUCUCUCUCUCUCUCUAUCUCUCUCUCUAUCUCUCUCUCUCUCUCUCUCGCUAUCUCUAUCUCUCUCUCUCUCUUUCUCUCUCUCUGUGUGUGUGUGUGUCCCCGAUGAAAGAUCACUGUGAUGAUCUCUACUAUACACAGACACGCACACUACUCCCACAGUCUGUACCUUCUCUUACUGUGUCCGCAAACAGUGUUUCAUUUGGUGUUUUUUUUUGGAAUAGAACAAUAAAUACAAAGGUAUAUUUUUGGAUAAUGAA